AUGGAGGAGACCUCGAGAAUAUCCAUAGACGAGGUCAGCCGAAAUCAUUGGUUCGCCGCGGCCGAGGUCGACCCUGUGAAGUGGCCAACACAGGACGAUGCACGUGGAGGCACAGACAAACCAUUCGGCUGGGACCCUAGCGGCGGCCACACAUUUCGCCUCUUCACGCUGCUUCCCAAAGAACUACAUGAUAAGGUUCUGCUCAUGAGCAUCGACUUAGUCGUGGUCAACAACCGAGAGACCAGGGCCCUCGUCUGCCACGUCUUCGGCGCCCCGGGCCUGCUAGGUUUCCUGUUCAGCCCCGCACGGGACAUUGUUUACAUGCAUGGGAACGUGUCGACUCUGUUUGCGGGGUACAGGUUCACGGAGGACUGCAGGAGUCCCGGGUCCGUGGUCACCGGGGGCGUGGAGAAGGGGUGGCCCAUGCCUUCGGGGCUUCGGCGGGCUUCGGCGGGGCAUUCAAAGGGUGGUCGUGGAGGGCGGGGGGUGUACGAUGUGGACUCAAAGGAUCUGUACACGGUUGAUCAACUUAAUAUGCUUGACAAGUUGGAGGAUAUGGCUGACGAUGGCGUCGUGCUUUUUCCGAAGUAG